AUGACUGAACCCAGGGACGCCAAGACUGAUAGAGAGUGCCAAUGCCAGGCGUCUCCAUGGUUUCUGGCUGAGAAGGCCCCAGUAGAUAUCAGCCCAAUGUCCUUCAGCCGUGGGGAGCUCAACACCUCAAAGACAAAGGAGCUGGUCAUUGACUUCGGGAAGUCCAGACCAAGACCACAACCAGUUCUGAUCGAGGGAGUUGAGGUGGAGGCUGUGGAUUCCUACAGGUACCUCGGGCUGUGGCUGGACAGCAAACUGGACUGGACAACCCCACACCAACCACCUCGUCCUCUUUUACACCGUGGUGUGCUGGGGGGCAGCACAUCCAAGAAGGACACAUCCAGGCUGGACAAACUGAUCAGGCGGGCCGGCUCUGUGGUUGGCAUGAAGCUGGACUCUCUGGUGACGGUGGCAGAGAAGAGAACACUGGACAAACUGCUGGACAUUAUGGAUGAUGCCAGUCACCCUCAGCACCCUCAGGUUCAUCAGCAACCAGAGGAGCCUGUUCAGCCAAAGACUGCUCCUUCCCAAUUGAAUGACCAGGUGAAGUUGCUGCACAGCUGCUGGAGUGAACUGUUGCUCCUGGACAUCAUCUCCAGGCAGGUCCUGUGUGGCAAAGAGGGCAGUCUGCUCCCGUUCACUGGGCAGGAGAUGGAGCUGUCUGACAUGGCUUCACAUGCUGGUCUUACCUUGGCCAGCCUCGUCCAGAGAGGGCAGGAGCUGGUUGAGAAGCUCCACAUCCUAAAUGUGGACCGCCAAGAGUUUGCCUGCAUCAAGUUCCUCAUCCUCUUUAACCCAGAUGUGACACCACUCGAAGACCAUCAGUUAAUAGAGAGUGUGCAGGAGCAGGUUGAAGGAGCCCUGCUCGAGUACACACUGUGCACGUCCUCUCACCCUCCUGGACACUUUGCUCAUCUGCUGCUUUGUUUGUCUGAGUUACGCUGUCUCAGCUCCUUCGCCGAAGACUACCUGUAUUGCAAACACCUGAGUGGUGAGGUGCCCUGCAACAACCUGCUCACUGAGAUGCUCCAUGCCAAGCACAGCUGGGCAUGAAGACUCAGAGCCUCUUCAGUAUUCUUCA